AACGUCCGUCGGUGAGGAUACACCAGUACACCACGCGACGGGAAAGAAACGACGAGCACGAAAAGCGGAGGAUCGUCAAAUCUCUCGAUCGGGUUUAAAUUACAGGUAACUAUGUCGGCGGUUCUCGCGGCCGGCGGCGGAUUAACUGCCGGAGAUCGCAGCAUUAUCACGGCGAUUAACACCGGUGCUUCGAGUCUCUCGUUCGUCGGCUCAGCCUUCAUCGUCCUCUGCUAUUGCCUCUUCAAAGAGCUUCGGAAGUUCUCUUUCAAGCUCGUCUUCUACCUUGCUCUCUCUGAUAUGCUUUGCAGCUUCUUCCUAAUCGUUGGAGAUCCUUCAAAGGGGUUCAUUUGUUACGCACAAGGCUACACCACACAUUUCUUCUGCGUAGCUUCGUUCUUGUGGACAACUACUAUUGCUUUCACUCUUCACCGCACUGUGGUUAAGCACAAAACUGAUGUUGAGGAUUUGGAAGCCAUGUUUCACUUGUAUGUCUGGGGAACUUCCUUGGUUGUGACUGUCAUACGUUCUUUUGGUAAUAACCACUCGCAUUUGGGGCCGUGGUGCUGGACCCAAACUGGUCUUAAGGGAAAGGCUGUUCAUUUCUUAACUUUCUAUGCUCCUCUUUGGGGUGCUAUUCUCUACAAUGGGUUUACAUACUUCCAAGUGAUACGGAUGCUAAGAAACGCUAGACGUAUGGCGGUUGGAAUGUCAGACCGAGUGGAUCAGUUCGAUAAUAGAGCAGAGUUAAAGGUGUUGAACCGAUGGGGAUACUAUCCGCUGAUUCUAAUAGGAUCGUGGGCAUUCGGUACUAUCAACCGCAUUCAUGAUUUCAUCGAGCCAGGCCAUAAGAUCUUCUGGCUCUCAGCUCUUGACGUGGGGACAGCUGCACUAAUGGGCUUGUUCAAUUCAAUAGCAUAUGGUUUCAACAGCUCAGUGCGCCGAGCAAUCCAUGAAAGACUGGAACUAUUCUUGCCGGAACGGCUAUAUCGAUGGCUUCCGAGUAAUUUCAGACCAAAGAACCAUCAUCUGAUUCUACACCAGCAACAACAACAACAGCGAAGUGAAAUGGUCUCACUCAAAACCGAGGAGCAGCAAUGACACUACCUAACUUUUCAACAUUAUAUUUCAUGGACCGAUAACAAGAAGGCGGGUUGUGAUAAUAGCAUUUGGAUGGAGAUUGAUAUGCUGAAGGGGAAGCACAAAAACUCGUCAAUGUGUAUAUGAAUCAUUCUUUUGGACCACGAACUCAACAACCUUAUAUUUUCUGGUGUGAACAAAUUAUAUUGGAUGUCUUUUGAUCCUCA